GUAUGUUUUCGUCACGUGACGUGGCUGUCCCGGGCCAAGAUGGCGGCGUCGACAGUCGAUUCUCUGCAGAGUCCCGAACCACCGGUGCCAGGCUCCUCUCCAAAACUGCCCCGAGCCGCCAUAGACGGCAUCCAGAGAAACGAGAAGACGGGCAUCCCCCUCAACACAGCAUGGACCUUCUGGCUGGACAAGUCAGUAAGAGGAGCAACAGCAGCAGAGUACGAGGCCAACCUGAGAAAGAUUUACACUGUCAACACAGUAGAGAGUUUCUGGGGGGUGUUCAACAACAUUCCUGACGUCUCAGAGAUCCAGGAUCGCUAUGGUUACCACCUCAUGAGAGAGGAGCGCAGACCGAUAUGGGAGGACGAGUGCAACAUGAGAGGAGGGUACUGGAAAAUGAAAUGUUUCAAGAAAGACACAAGUGUGGUGUGGAAAGAGCUGCUACUGGCUGUCAUCGGGGAACAGUUCACAGACCAUACAGCAGAAGGGGACGAGGUUGUGGGUCUCAGCGUCAGUGUCAGGGAAAGAGAUGACAUCAUCCAGAUCUGGAACCAGAACGCGGAGGCAGCGGAAAAGGCCACCGUCGUCAGCAAGUUCAGAGAGCUGCUCCCAAAUACCAACUUCCCAACGUUGUUCUACAAGCCUCACCAAGCACACCAUGCCUUUGAGAAGGACAGGACAAAUUUUUACCGGAAGUGACAGGACAGUGGGAAGGGAAUGUGGGGCUGGGAAGUGGAAAAACUGUAUGACACACUGUGCUUCUUGUCUGCUGUCUUGGUGCAAUGCCUGAUCCUGAGGACCAAGAAGACUCCAACAUCAGGCCUGGUUUUUGUGGGCCGCGCCUCUGGUUUUCUUACAUAACCCUUAAAGGCCACAAGACAAGGCGAUUCUUUCCUUUUUUUGGUUCUUGGUCUUAAGACAGAAAAAGAUACAAUAACAACAAUACAACGGUUUUUCCUAGUACAUGUAGGUGCAUAAUAACUGAUAAAUAAAUGGUAAAUACUAAACAAAAAACUUUUAGUAUUGCUAAAUGACAAAGGGAACAAAGCACACUUACAAAAUGGUCUUCUUGUUAUUUUCAACAACUUCAGACAUGCAUCCAAAGAGACUAAUGGCUACAAAUGUGAGGCAAUGGUAAUUGGAAGUUUGUAGCGUCACCUGUCUCUGGGUUUAGACAUUUGAUGGGUAUUAGCAUAGAACUUUGUCCUUCAACAGGCCUUUUUAGAAUGUCUUAAAGGACCAAGGAAUACAGUAUGGCCUUAUGGCUCACAGAGUGUGUUAAAGGGAUGUCGGACGACUCGGACCAUUACCAACUCGGACCAGUCAACUCGGCCCAUCUGCCGGGACAACUCGGACCAUCCCCCUGACAGCUACUUAAUUGAUGUUUUUCCGAAAAUGUAAUCCCCAACACUAGUUUUGUAUGUAUACCGUUAUACUCUGAAAUGAGAAAACUGUAGGUUGGAUUGAUUGGAUUGUGUAAUUCAUCGGAACUUUUCGGUAUUCCAUGCGGCGCACAUUAGGUCAUUGACCCCAAAAUACGCAGUUUGUGUGGACACGUGGAUAUAUGUGAGGCGCUUCUAAUAGAGGACAGUAGUAAACUUUAUCAUUUCUUGCUCUUCGGAAUAGCUUUAGACAAAUAAGAUGUGGGUAUUGAUCAGAGAAUGAGUCAUUCUUGUUGAAGAUUAAUUGCUAAUCAAGAAUUUUUUUCAAGCCAACCGUGUCCACUUUGUUUUAAUAUCGCCGGCGCCCGCAGCACAUAUGAUACUAGAUCAAAGGACCGCCACUCUGUAUGGCCAGGAGACUUCUGAAGUUCUAAUAGUAGCAGCUGGGGACAAUCUUUAUAAUACUAGUACAAAUGUACCAAGAAAUAUCAAUUUUUUUUUUCAAAAGAUAAGUAAUUUGGUCCGACUUGUACAUGGGUGGUCCGAGUUGACCAGGGGGGUGGUCCGAGUUGACCAGAUUUUCAAUGGGCCGAGUUAGUAAUGGUCCGAGUCGUCCUGAUUCCGUGUCAAAGGUCACUGGAAGUUUGUAGCAUCCCCUGUCUCGGCUUAAAGAUGUCUGCUGGGACUUUGUGUAAAUGGUGUCCUUAGACUGACCUGCUUUGAAUGUCUUCAACAAUGAAAGAAAGUAAGAUUCAAGUUUUUUGUUCUCUCUUUAAAGUCCAAGAACCAUGGAAUUUGGUUGACGUGGCCUUAGCAUUAGUCUCUGUUCAGGGGAUAUUCCAAAUGACAACUGAUGUAGGAAAUUCCAAAUGACAACUGACGUGCGAAGACUCAGAUCAAAGACCGCAGAUAGCAUGCAGGAAAGACACUCAUAUUUGCCGCAAAUAAAAUCAUGUACCAAACAAGCGUUUUCUUCACAUUAAUCAUGAAAUAAGCCAAAUGGUUGGGAAGAAAAACAGCUUGUUGCCAUGAUUUUUUUGUCGCAAAUUCAUUUCAUAUGAAGUUUGAAGCAGGGUUAGGUUCUCUUUUAUGUAUAUAAAUAUCAGACAGUCUUUCUUUGUGGGAAAGUUGAAAUUUGGGGAUCUACAUGUCAACAAGCUGUGCUAUAUUUGUAAUUACUCAGAUGAUACUACUUCAUUGCAGGGUUACUCAUAUGAUUAGUUCACACUUUACUAUGUAUGCUGCUUGAGAUAAUGAGCUUCUGUCUACCAUUUUAAUUGUAACUAUGAGAAAAAAUGAUUUACAAAACUCGAAAGGCUGGGUUCUUGUAGAUGUUUCUGUUAUAUUUCUGUCUAGGAAUAAUUUCCGUCAGUUCAACAGUAUUUGAUAUUGGUUAGUGCAUGCAGAGUUUAUUUUAUGGAUGACAUCUGUGCUCAGAUUGAUUUUAAGAACUUACCCUAAAGAGCGUUUUCAGUCACUUUUCAUUUUAUUAAUAAAGCAGGCAGAUGCUGGUGGCCAUGAUUUGCAUUUUUAUGGGCCAGAGCACAAGUGUACAUGUACACAGCAUAAUUUAAUUUUGUUGGUAAUUCCUAAUGUAUUCUUCUGGUAUUCUUUGAGAGCGUCAGAGAUCAGAUUCUCUUAGAUGUCUGAAAACAUUUAAGCUACGAUUCCCCAAAGUUCUAAUAGCUGCAUCCGCCUAAUCUCCAAGCAGAUCCUACGGUAGCAUAAGAUGUCAGAAGAGUGAAGCCAGUGCAUAAGUGUCAGAAGCUGCCAGAGGAGUGAAGCCAACCCUGUUUUGAUAUCUUAUGCCACUGGUAAAUCUGCCGGGAGAUUAGCAUCCGCCACCGUGUUGGUGUCCCAAUGAUAUCACCUGAAAUGCUCGAGUCUAGAAGUUGCUAUAAGCCAUAGUUAUGUCAUGACUUUGUGAUUCCUAAGAUCAUAAAAGAAAACAUGUUUCUUGAAUCAUACUUAAGUUCAGAUUAUGUUAUCCAUAGAAUAAAUUUGGUGUAGCCAAGUGACCUUCCCGUUUUCAGGCGUCGAAAUCAACUUUUUAAUGUACAAUGUAUGUAUAUAUAUUCUACAAGGAGACACAGAGAGAAGAUACAAGUACUUGUCCAUGAGAUAAUUGAUUUAGAAGUGAAAUACAUGGAGUCAGCAAGAUGUCUGUGUAUAUGGAUAGACUACAUUGUGUACACCUGCUGUGUUUUGUCACUGAUGUAAUAAGAGAACUACAACUACCCCAUUUUGGUACCUCUUGAUUUCCAAUGUUUUUGUGUUGUAUUUGAUAGAUGCUUUUUACAUUCGUCAGAACCAACAAUAAGCUGUUUCAUGGUGUCAAGUUAGUCUCCAAGCAGAUCUUGCGGUAGCAUAAGAUAGUUCAUGUGUCAUAAGUUUGGAAAGGAGUUGAGUCGGCAGAGGAGUUUCAUUGGCCUUCGCUUAUCACUUAAGACUGACUUUCCUAUGUCAACUGCAGUUUACAUGGAGCCCUUCUCUGCUACAGUCUUCAAAGUUCUCGUUUGAAUAUUUGUGCCUGAGGAUUUGGCGCUCACCACCAGUUGCCAAGGAAACUCCUCUGCUGGCUAAACUCCUUCCCAAACUUAUGAUAUAUUCUUAUUCCACCGCAAGAUCUGCUUGGAGAUUACUGUAAAUGCAUUUAAGUUCGCGGUGGAUUUAAGUUCGCGAUAAGACCAUAGACUGCAGUCUAAUACCAUAAUAGAAAAAUGUUCGCGGUGGUUUUAAGUUUGCGGUGAAGUGGUCACCGCGAAAACCGCGAACAUUAAUCCACCGCAAACAUUUCUGCAUUUACAGUAGUUGUAUGUGCCCAUGCACAAUGUGAUGCACUGUGAGUAAUACAUGAUGUAAUACAUGUACAAAUUAUAAGGCCAGUGAGACAUAGACAAUAUGUGUCUUGACAUGUACAUGUAGCAAGCAUUUUCUAGACAAGAAUAGUUUACAGGUUAGGGACUUUCACCUUUGACUGUAUACAUGCAUAGUACUGCACAGUUCAAACAGUGAACAGGCUAGUUACUAGUAUCUGCCAUGCAAGGUGACUAAACUGGCAAGUUUUAUCCGUCUCGUCAGUUUCUGUGUGAAGCUCCCAAAAAUGUUAGCCAAGCCAUAAGAAUUGAACACAGCCUUUUGAAUGUAUUUAUUUUAAACCCAGAUCAUUGGAAUAAAAGUAAUAGUGUUAUUGUUUGCCUCAAA